UCCUUUGGACCAAUGCAACUGGACACCAGGAAGCAAGAGAAAAGCAGCAGUGAUGGGAAUCUUGCUCAGAUUCAGGAGAUGUGUGUCAUUUUUCUGAGGGAAUGUCCCAGCGGCGCCUUGCAUCUACACGAGUUCAAGAGGAUGUUUGGCGUCCAGAGCAGCUCGCGAGAGGAGUCCCUCUUCCUCGAGACAAUCUUCCGCUCAUUCGACACAAACCAGGACAACACGCUGGACUUCAUUGAGUACGUUGCUGCUCUUAACUUGAUUCUAAGAGGGAAUCUGGAAGAUCGGCUCAAAUGGUCCUUUAAGAUGUACGACCGAGACGGGAACGGAAAACUGGACAGGAAGGAGGUGAAGCUCCUCAUAAGGGUUCUUCACAAAAUCAAGCUUCAGGGGAGUGAAGUCGGUCUGACUCCGUCGGAGAUCUGCGAUCGGAUCUUUGAGCGCGUUGACGACAAUAAUGACGGUGAGAUAACACUGAGUGAGUUCAUGGAGGGGGCCCAGAAAGACGAUUGGCUCAUGGACCUUCUCAAUCUAGACAUCAACACCUCCGGCUGGGUGAUCCGAAACUGCAGGAAACUAUGUUGACCUUUAAAUGCUCAGCGGAUGACCUCUUCCUUUGGUUUAAAUAUAUUUAAUCUGUGAGUUAUGAGUUGCCUUUUAAAACUCAGCGCUGGACCGCUUUAUGAGACAGAAGUUCUGCAGGAACCUCUUGAGUGAGUUUAAUCAUCCAAUACAGAUGAAUGAACUACUUCAUAUCCACAUUUAUGAUAUUUGAAUCAGAAUUAAUCUUCAUCAAUGAUUGCAAUGUUCAGAUUAUCUGCAUAUAUUCUAACAAAGUCAUGUCAUCCAGUGUCCAAUGUGGUUAAAGCUGAAAUGUUUUAAAAAUGACGUCCCAGAAGCAGCAGGUCUGAAGGAAAUAUUCAUAUUCA